AUGUCCGACUCGCGCCCAGGGCCAGUCUCACUAGCACGAUAUCGACCUAUCCUCUACCUCUUCACUGGUGUCGCUGCUGCCUAUGCGAUUCUCUAUGUUCACAACAAUGUCAUUUCGCAGCCGUCAUCAAGUUCACUCCGACGUCGAAAUGCUGUGCGCCGGACGAGACCAACCGAAGCCGAAGAACCUGGGAUCGCUGAUACUCCGUCUUAUCGAGCCAUUACCCACCUUGAACAGCUAGAGCGUCAGAAUGGUGUAUAUGGGACAUUUCGCAUCGAGACGGAGGAUGGGCGUCGCGUGGAGAGCGGUCUUCUUCCAUCACUCCUCGCAACACGCGACCAGCUAAUGGAAGAAGUGGGCGUCCCGCCUGCUCAUGCAGAGCGCAUGCGCGAGAUGAUGGAGGAUACGUUUCUUGAAUCCUUCCUUGCACUCGAUUUCCCAUCUGCACAUAUUCUCCCAGAGGAUACCGCAGAAAGAACAUACCUGACAGAACAACUCCAACGCCGAGGUAUCUCCCGAGCUGGUAUUGAAAGGGCUCUGGUCCGGUUCAACGGAGAUACGAAUUACGGCGAAGAGCUGCGUCGGCGACGACAGAACGGUGAACGUGUCACUCUCUCAACCUCCACUUUUCCAGACGUGUCUGCCCCUGCACAAAAUAUUGACGGCGGUGAGACAGUGGUGGACGACCAGAGCGUCUUCUCAUGGCGUGAUGGAAACAACGAUCCUUCCAAUAGGGAAGGUCAAAACCUGCUUAACCUACUUUACCAUAUUGCUGAGGAUCAGGCGCGGAGGGACGGCUAUAUCCAUCGUGGGGUUACUUGCAACAGCUGUGGUGCCAUGCCGAUUCAGGGUAUCAGAUACCGAUGUGCCAAUUGCAUCGACUACGAUCUCUGUGAGACGUGCGAGGCAAUGCAGGUCCAUAUCAAAACACAUUUGUUCUACAAAGUGCGGAUUCCAGCCCCAUUCUUAGGAAACCCUCGUCAAUCCCAGCCUGUAUGGUAUCCCGGGAAGCCUUCAAUGCUCCCGCGCAGUCUUCCACGCCCUCUUGCCAAGCGUCUUAUGAAAGACUGCAAUUUCGAAAACACGGAGCUUGAUGCACUCUGGGAUCAGUUCCGCUGUUUGGCCAAUUAUGAGUGGGCGAACGAUCCGAACAAGUUGCAUAUGGCCAUCGAUCGCAAAACAUUCGACCGAUGCUUUGUGCCUAAUACUUCUAUCCGGCCGCCGUCUCCGAGUCUCAUUUACGACCGAAUGUUCGCAUUCUAUGAUACCAAUGGCGACAAUCUUAUCGGGUUUGAGGAAUUCCUGAAGGGCUUGGCCAGUCUCAACAAUAAAAGCAAUGACGAACGGCUGCGACGGGUGUUCCGCGGCUACGACAUCGAUGGGGAUGGCUUCGUCGAACGCAAGGACUUCCUUCGGGUUUUCAGGGCAUACUAUGCGCUGAGCCGAGAGCUUACAAGGGACAUGGUUGCUGGCAUGGAGGAUGACUUCCUAGAGGGUGGAGCCCGUGAUGUGGUACUUGGUAGCCAGCCUAUCAGCUCUGCGUUCCCUGGCAGCAUCCCUUCAGGUGAACGUUCUCGCACAGGCGAAGGCAAGAGUAUGAAUUCUGAGGGGGACAUGGAAAUCAUUGACAAUGAAGGAAUCUUGCGACAGGACGGAGAUGAUACUGGUGAUCGGCAUUUGGUCGUGGGUGAUGCUGCUGUCAGAGCACAAUUUAGUCGAAUGAGGCCAUUGUUCCCAUCUACAUUACUAGCACCCGCCGAGACUACUCCUCGCCCGUCAGAUGCCAUAGAGAGUGACCAAAAUGAAGACGACGAAGAAGAAGAUGAGGAUGGUGCUAGCGAGAGUGGAUCAGACCAAUCUAGCUCGUCGGUGGCCAGUGGCACCUGGCCCCCAGUUGAACACAUCCUCGAAGAAGAUAUCAUUGCAGCUCUCGGGACCUAUAUUCCCGCUCGGGAAAUCACGGAUCCAAUUGAUCGGGCUCGCGUCGCGGAUGCUGUUUAUCAUAGAAUGCGCGAAGACGAUCAGAGACGUGUGUUUGACGCUCGUCAGCGUGGAAUUGACGAACGUUGGAGGCGCCGGGCUUUCUAUACAGACGAAGAAGAUGGCGCCACUAUCCCUGCAGGGUAUGAAAGGGAUCCGGUCAUCGAUGACUCCAGCGAUGAUGAAGACCUAGAUGAAUCGGUAUCGCGCCCACCCUCUUUCCGUUCGCGGUCCUCGUCCAAGGUGCGAUUCCAGGAUGAUCUCAACGACGAUGAGUACGACAUUCGAUCUAACCCAUCCACCUCGUCCCGGAGUAUUCCUGUUGGCGAGCGAUGGGGUGGCUUUGAAAUCCCAGAGGUCGAAAGGGACGUUGGGAAAGAAAUCCUGUAUCAAGUCACGCAACAGGGAUUCAACGAGCUUCUAGAUAUUCUAUUCAAGCCAAAAGAGGACCUUAUGAUGGAGGUCUAUCGCACGAAAGCUGAUCGCAAGUUGUGGGCCCGCGAGAUUGAACUCGCAGCAAAAGAGGACCCCUCAAAACGCACCACAACUGAGAAUCCCCCAGUGGAGGAGGAACUCGAGGAAAUUAUCAACAGUCAGCCACUUGAUGAUCUAUUACAGCGCGCUGGUUACCAGAUUCGGAGCCCAGUCCUGGUACCUGAGAAUACCGGACCAGUGCUAGCUCCGUCGCCGGGGCCCACCGUUUCAGAUGAGGGUGAUGAGGAUGAGUAUGAAGACGAUGACGACGUGCGACCAACUCAUCUCGCCGAUCCCGAAAGAGAUACUGGAUUUGGGCAAGCACGACCAUAUGUGGAAUCCGCCACAACGUCCGCCACUUCGUCUGAUUAUGGCGAUGAUGUCGCUGCCUCUGCGUCUGGUGUGGGGCCAUCCAGCCCGGUUGUUGAAGAAGAAAGACUCCACUACGAUCCAACUCUCCCACAGCAUCGUCCCGACGAGCCAUUCGUGAUGACCCAGGAAGUGAUUGCUGAAUCAGACUCCGACUUGGAGGAAUCACCAAUUAGAAGCACAAACCCUGAUCUCCCUGAUCGGUUCCGACUCCAGCCCGGGACCAUCUCUCUUCCCGCCCCAUCUUCUCCCCGCUCCUCCCCAGAAGCCGAAGCCACAGCCCCCAAGCUUCCUCCUUCUCCUAUGCAACCACUCCCACCUCCUCAUCGGGUCAAUGACCUGCCUCGUGACACUGCCCCACGCCGACCUUCGCCCCGGACUCUAGCUCGGUGGGUCUAUUUGGACCAGGUGGAACGUGAAAACAAGGAACGUGGUCACGGUGCGAGACUUAACUUUGAAGAGUUCUCGCGCCGUAUGGCUGCUGAUCGAGGGCGCCGACUGGCAUUUGUGGCCAGUUGGAUUGAGAUGGCUAGCUUUUGA